CCUCUAAGCUGAAAUAUAUUACUCUAACAAGUCUCACUGUACUCCUCCUAAUGAUCAUAGUAACCUUCCACAGAAGUGCUGCAAAAACAAGGUAUGAAGCCAUAAGAAUUUCUGCAAUCAUAGACAGCAGUACCCGUGUUGGAAAAGAAGCUAAAGUAGCUAUGGAAAUAGCUGCAAGAAACUUCAACACUACGUCUGUGCACCAGAAGAUCUUUCUCCAGUUCCACGAUAUCCGAGAAAUUCCUCUCCAAGCAGCAGUUGGAGGAAUUUUAAGAGAAAAUGAGGCGCAAGCCCUUGUUUACAUGGGUUCAGAAGAGGAUGGUAUUCGUCAGGUAGCUGAAUUUGGAAACCUUGCUCAAGUGCCAGUCAUUUCAUUUGCAUCAGAUGCCAUUCCGCAACGAUUUAAGUCACUUCAGUGGCCUUAUUUGGUUCAGAUGUCCAGCAAUGUCACAGAACAAAUUCAGUGUGUUGUGGCUAUAAUCCGCUCCUUCUACUGGCAAAAAAUUAUUACCAUAAACGAGCUAGACAGUAAUGGUGCGGAUUCUGGAACUUUUGCAGUUUUAUCUGAAGCACUUUUCGGUUCUGGUGUUAAAAUUGAGCACCGUUUAGUUCUUCCACCAUUUGCUUCUAUUAUGGCUGAUCCACAGAGCUUUAUUCAGAACGAGGUAAAGGAGUUGGCAAGGAAAAAUUCAAGAGUGUUCGUAAUACUUAAGUCAUCCAUGUCAAUGGCCACUCAUUUAUUUAGAGAAGCACAGAGAAGUGGACUUAUGGGGAUUGAUUCAACAUGGAUUGUAUUGGACGACAUUUCAAACCUCAUUCAGUAUUCAAACACAUCUGUUAUCUCCUAUAUGGAAGGUGUUUUGGGAAUCAAACCAUAUUUCUCUGAGAAAAGCCCUGAUUUUUUACACUUCAAAUCCCAAUUCAAUGAAGAUUUCCAAUUAGAAUAUCCUGAAGUAGACAACUUAAAUAUUGGCAUUAAUGCUCUGCGAGCACACGACAGUAUUACUGCAAUUGCAAGGGCCCUGGUGCAAUGUAGAAGUAGUAAUAUUAGUGACACUAUAUAUAAUCUGCUAAAGACAUACUUAGCUGACCAUGUCACUGGUCUAAGUACUAGUCAAAUUCGUUUACAUGACAAAGAGCUAUCAGAAUUCUCUUUGUACAGGCUUGUUAAUGUUGAAAGAAACAGCCACAAAAGUAUUGGAUUCUGGUCACCAGAGUUUGGAUUCUUUAAGGAUCUUGUUGAUUCCAGUCGUAGCGAAAGUAUAACUGGAAGCAGCAGUAUGGAUGUGCUAACUGAUGCAAUUGGAUAUCCUGGAGGCAUAAACAGAGUUCCAAAAGAAUGGUGUAUGUCUGUCUGUGGGAAGAAAUUACUAAUUGGAGUUCCUGGUAGAGCUUAUUUUGACCAAUUUGUAAAAGUAGACUGGAAUAAAAGUUCUAUCCUGGGGCAGCAUCAUAUACAUGGUUAUUGCAUUGAUAUUUUCUCUAAGGUGAGAAAAAUUUUGGAGGAAAGUUGUUCUUGUCCAUUGAUCUUUGAAUUUAAGCCACAGAACUGUACUUACGAUGAACUGGUUGAAUACGUGGCUAACGGGACUUAUGAUUCGCUUGUUGGGGACUUCACCAUUCUAGCAAAACGAUCAGACCUCGUGGAUUUCACACAACCAUAUGAUGUCUCAGGCUUGGCGGUGAUAGUUACCGUUAAUGAUGACAAGUCAUGGAUAUUCUUGAGACCGUUCACUACAGAAAUGUGGGCAUUGUCUUUUGCUCUCUUGAUCUACACGGUGCUUGUAGUUUGGCUAUUAGAAAGACAAACAAAUCCAGAGUUUCAAGGACCUUGGCAUGAUCAGCUAAGUCUUGCAGUUUGGUUUACCUUCUCCAUCAUAUUCUUUGCUCAGAGGGAAGAGGGGCGUAGCAACUACACCCGCGUGGUGGCAUUUUCAUGGUUUUUCGUCGUAUUGGCCCUAACAACAAUUUAUACAGCCAGUCUAUCUUCACAGUUAACUGUCACAAGGCUCAGACCGAAUAUAACAGAUAUAGAUUGGCUAAGGACCACUAACGCGAAAGUUGGAUGCGCUCCUGAUUCAUUUGUAUGCAGAUAUUUGCAGGAUGUUCUUGAUUUUAAAGCUGAAAACAUCAUCAACGUGAGCAGUGAAUAUAAAUAUCCAGGUGAAUUUGCAAGUGGCAACAUUUCAGCAGCAUUCAUUGAACUCCCUUACGAGAAAGUUUUCCUCAAUAGUCACUGCAAAGAUUAUACUGUGCCUAAAGACAUGAAAUAUAAAGGAGACAGAUUUGGAGGGUUAGGCUUUGUUUUUACCAAAGGAUCUCCAUUAACAUUUGAAGUAUCAAAAGCGAUACUAAUUUUAUCUGAAAAUGGAGUACUUAAACAAUUGUAUGAGAAACAUUUUACUCCUUCCUCCAAGUGCAAAGCUUCGCAAACUGACCUAGAAGAUCCUGGUAGCCUGAGCUGGAAAAGUUUCUGGGGUUUAUACUUCUUCUCCGCUGCCAUUUCCACCCUUUCUUAUAUUCUGUUCGCUGCUAACCGCUGCCAUCAGCUCACCAAGUAAGCAAGCAACAAUGCUGAUCAUAAAACUCAAGUCCUGGAAGAAGAUAACACCAGUUUGGCUAAGAAUUUAGUUAUGGCAGAGCUCCACCAUUCUGAUGAUAACAUUCAAAGAACUAGAGUGUUAUAAACUCCAGGUAUGAUUGAUGAAUCAACAUUUACAUGGAUGGACCAAUACUUUGAAAACGCAAGGCGCAUUAGGAAUUGUCAUAGACUAAAACAUGGAUCACUGGGAACUGUUAUGAAAUUUAAUUUUAAAUGGUAAAAUUUUUUUUUUGUCAGUUCUUGUAAACUGUGAACAUAUUUUGUUCAUUUUUAUUCACAAAUUAUGAAGUAAAUUUAUACGUUUAUAAUACUUGUGGACAGUGUUGGCG